CACGCGUGUGAGAUAACAGUACAAUAGUUUAGGAGGGUUGAGAUACAUCCCUAUAUUGUCUCACGUAGGUUAAAACUCGGAGAUAUAUUACUGGGACAUUAUUCUGGAUUUUGAACGUUAAGAAUGAGGCUACUAUGCUCCGCACUCCUGACAGUGCUUGCGGCGCUUGUGGCAUACCGUAUAUACCAAGUAAUAGAGCGACCCCUACCUGACGGUGUAGAGAACCCUGGUCAACUCCGAUGGAUCGACGAACUUGGCCGGAUAGCAAAUAUACUGGAAACAAGCUUCAAGUCUAUCGGCUUCAACCCCGCUACCAAACCCGUGAAGUCUCUUGUUGAUAUUGGUUUCUCGUUGGUUCUAAAUCCUACAUUCUGGAGGAAGGCAGCCGACAAUAUCAAGGUGUCUAACGCUGUAUACGGCAACGUUGCUGUGAUAACCUUCACCCCUGGUGAGCUGGCGUCCUCGACCUCCCCCCGCCCUGUCAUCGUGUACUUCCACGGCGGAGGGUGGACUUGGUUUUCCGCAGGUUCCUACAAUGUGCCUCUGAGAACUCUAGCCAGCAGGACACAGUUCGUCAUCGUCGCUGUGGACUAUCGCACUGCCCCUCAAGCAGCGUUCCCUGCGGCCUACGACGACUGCCUCGCCGUUACCAACCACGUCGUCAACAACGCCAGGAAACUCAACUACAGGUCCGACCUCAUCAUUGUUGCUGGAGACGGUUCGGGUGGGAACCUGGCCGCCUCCGUUGCCAUAGAAAUGAAACAGAAGGUUGCCAUGCAGCUAUUGAUAAGCCCUGCGUUACAAAUCUUAAACCUUGGGACACCUUCAUAUCAGGACAUGCAUGACGUUCUUCCUGGUGUGACCAACCCACGAAGGGAGAUAACUCACUGGCUCAACUAUGCGAAUCUGGACCAGGAACCAGGGUUCAUUGACGAUAUGUUGAACAACGUCCAUGCCUCAAAGCACCUACAUGACGUAUAUCAGGACUUCUUUAACAGCAAGAAGCGAAUCCCAGCCCAUAUGAACGUGUCUGAGCGCCACACAAUGCCUUACGUAGGCACAAAACAUGGGACGGCGGUCAAACUGGACAAAUUCGUGACUGACGUCCGUUUUUCUCCCAUGAUGGUCAGGAGCACAAAGGGAAUUCCUAACGCGUACUUCAUUUCGAGUCAUUACGAUGUUUUGCGAGAUGAGGCUAUAAUGUACGGACAUCGUCUGCUCGAGAAUGGGGUCAAGGUCAAAUUCCGCCAUUAUCCCUCGGCCUUUCAUGGUUUUGUUCUUUUCGCUGGAAGUAGUUUCUGGAAGUUUCCCGUUAGUGACAAGGCUGUUAAUGAAUUAGUGGACUUUCUGCAGUUCCAGUACUUCAAUGUCCGUAAAACGUAAUCAAUGUAUUGAAAGGAGAGCCGUCGUUAAUACUUCACGGGUGUGAAUAUAUCUACACCACGUUCCUCCAUCAAUGUUGAACACACGCGGCCAGUUUGCAGCGUAGUCGCUAUUAUGAACCAACGAAUCAAGUAACGGCCAGCUGCGAACGAAAGGAAAGCCAGCAAUUGUUCUGGCAAUCAUCGCUCAGUUUACAUAGCAGUGUAAAAAAGCACAUACGGCAAUGUUUCACGUACAGUAUCCUUCAGCCUCGAGGCCAUCUACUCCAUGCAUUGCUUCAAUAUCAGACAAUGGUAGGGUUCGCUUAAAGGCCAUGCAUGGAGUAGGCUCAUUUGAUUCACAUACUCCCUAAAUUCCUAACUUGACUUAAACAGCAAACAUCCACCGUAUGUGUUACCGGGUGAUGGAGGAACGUAGUGUAUAUGAACCUGAAGUAUUGACGAUGAACGAGAGAUUGCGAUGUAAAAAAAGUUUGCCCCAAAACUACAGUGAAACUUCGUUUAUUCUGAAUACACUAGUAUUGAAGGUACAUCAGUCUCCAAACUGAAUAAGUGAAUCCGUAAUUCUUCAAACCUAUAACUAAUCUAACCAUUCAGUCAACAUAAUAUGCCACAGAAGAGGUGAGAAUUUGUCCCGCAGCAUGCAGCACUCUCAAAUCAAAUAUGUUCUUCCGAGAGCUGUUUAUUGCAAUGCGCAGUGAUUCUGGUAAACAGCAAGCGAUGCAACAGCGAUCGGGAUGUUCAGUCGUCAUUUGAGGUUGCAGAUCAAAUCCAUUUAAGAAUGUACCUAUAGCUUUACCUAUAAUAUGUCACCGACUAUGUAAUAUUCCGGGCAGAGCUAGGAUUUUUGUUUUAGACACAAUACUUUUUCAGUCACCGCUUCACGAUACAGUUGUCUUCUCUGAAAGGAAGAAAAAAAAUCAUGUCCAACGAACGUUAUGAUUUUAAAAACUGAGAACAAUUUUUCUGGCAUUUGAGGGAACAGAAUAUGUUCUUAACACAAUCCCAGGUCCUACCAGAAUAGCCAAUAGCCGACCCCUUAGAUUACUAUGAUGGAUUGCCGUGGUGCUUGUAAAACGGGUCCAGUGUAUGGAAUAUGUGAGGCCAUAUAUUUAUCUAUUUAUUUAUUGUGUGGUUGCGUUUUUACAUUUGUAAUAUAAAUAAAGUAAAGUUUUUAUCUACUU